AUGUCAGAUAGAUUUAAGAAAGGAGAAUUGUUGUGUGAUACUUGUGAGAGAUUGAUAUAUCGGGACAAAAACGAGACAGUAUGUGGUUGCGAUUACCCCCUAUACCAACAAAAUACCUAUACUCCCAGAGCAACCCCGAUUUAUGACAGGUUGGGAAAUAGGGAACAGCAUAAAUUACAUAAACAAAAUAAUAGGCUAGAAAAAAAGGUUAAAGAUUUAGAAAGGGAUGUGGAAAUUGCCAUAGAGGGUAAACUUCAAAAAGAGCAAGUUCUAGCGGAAACCGAGGAGAAAUGCAGAAGAUUAUCCAGUGAAAAUAAAGAACUCAAAAUAAAAGUAUUAGAAUUAGAAGAAGGAUUUAAAAAAUGUCAUACUGAAAAAGAAUAUUUAACUAAACUGGUUCAAAAUCUUAAAUUUCAAAUUCUAGAAAAAGAAGCCAAAAUAGAGGUUAUGCCUAAAAACUAA